AGACUUGUCCGUCUCGAUGCGAGAAACUCGAUCUGUAUCACACUCACAUGCUUCAUCGCCGCUGCACCCCUUCGAGGCACGCGCCGUGGAUGAGGAACCGUCGAGCCAGUCCUUGAGUGAGACAGUAGUGGACUCGAUAGCAGCUCAGUAUGGCGUUGCUAAGACUGCAAUGGGAAAGCUGUACCGAAACGUCAGCGCUUCUGUACGGCAGCUCGACUUCUCCGCACUAGCAGAGUCUGAUCUACCUUUUUCUCUUCGUCGUGAUGAGGACAUCGGGCAGGAUCAGGGAGAAGAGACUUGGAAGUGUCUCAAGCCAGAUGGUACGUAUCGGGUCAUCGAUGCAUCUGAGCUAACGUCCACUAUUCUUGUCGAUCCGGACUUGGAUGAUCAGGAGAUUAUCACUACAGACUCGGGUCUAAGGCUUCCUGAUAUUCGCCUCCCCGCAUGCGCUCUCCGCAAAGGCCGAACUUUCAGCGGGGUCUCAACUACUGUACCUUCAUUAGCAGAGGCGGAACUUGGCGAGGAGCCUAUGGGGGUUUCCCUCUUGCCACCUGGCGGCUCUCGGUUGCUCCACCGUCGGACCAAACGGUUCCACACAGUGGCGGCUGGUCUGGCCAGCGAAGCCCGUGCUGCUGUCGACAAGGUCCGGGUCGAAUCCAGGGAAGUACUCCCACUGUGAUUUCUCGCGGGGAUUUUUACACUGUCCUCGGUGUGUAUUACAUUUCACGAUAUAAUUUCUGCUCUUUGAUGCACUUUGGUAGAGCUGCUGUUUUUGGAGCUUCACCA